UUCGUCUCUCGAAUUCCUCUCUGUUUAAGCUAAAGGAAAAAAUAAUAAUAAUUUCGAAAUCUGGAAAGGAAACGAAUAAAACUUGAAAAUUCGCCUCCGGGAUUGCUAGAUCUCGGAUCGGGAAUUUGAAUUUUUUGAAAAUUCCUUCGCAUGGAUUGUGAUAAUUCUAUAGAACCCUAAUUCGUUUUGGUUUCUGAUCGAUUUGUUUACGGAACCCUCGAUCCGUAACAAGUGUCGCAUUUUUUUGCUGGGUUUUCUUCGGAUUGCAUGUUUGUUGCUGGAUCCGGCUGUUCUAGAACCCUAAUUGGAAUGGGCAAGGAUGAUGAGAGCGUGGUAAUGGCGGAUGUAGAGGAAGGCGAAAUCUCCGAUGCAGCGUCGGUGGAGGAAAUCUCCGAAGACGAUUUCGUCAGGCAGCAGGGGAGGACUUCGUCAUCUCCGGCGGCGAUUGCGGCUGCCGGCGGAGGAGGAAACAACAUCGGAGCAAGAGGAAGUAAUGGCAGUAACCCUAGGGUUUGGACGAUGCGUGAUCUGCUUACCAAGUACCCAGGUUAUCGUGGGUACGCAGCUUCUGGUCUGUACAACUUUGCUUGGGCUCAAGCUGUGCAGAACAAAUCCCUCAACGAAGCAAUGGGAAUGGAAAUCGGAUCUGAAAACGAGAAAGGAUCGUCACAGAGCAGGAUCAAAGAGGGUGAUAAGAUUGCGAUUGAUGACAGUGAGGAUAAUGAGAGAGAGGAAGGUGAAUUGGAGGAAGGUGAAAUCGAUUUGGAUUCUGUCCCAAUUGAUGAUAAGCUGGGUGUUGUAGGGAUUCAGACCAAACCAGUAUCAGGAGCCGUUGCUAAUGUUGUUCAGACAGACACGAAGGAGAAAGAUUUAGAGAACAGAGUGAAACUGAUUCGUGCUGUUUUGGAAAGUACGUCUCUGGUAGAAGCGCAUGCAGCAUUUGGAGGAGUUUGUUCCAAACUUUUGGGAGCUUUGGAGUCUCUGCAGGAACUGGUUUCAGAAAACGAUGAUUUCCCAAAGAGGGAUACUCUAAUUCAACUGUCGUUUGCUGCACUUGAAACUGUAAACUCUGUGUUCUGCUCCAUGAACAUUAUCUCCAAGGAGCUGAACAAAGAGACUAUGUCAAGGUUGCUUUCGAUUGUGAAGAGCCAUUUUUCUCGGUAUCUCUCGUCUAACCAAAUCAAAGAGGUGGGUUCCUCUGGUUUGAAUGCCGAUGGCCAGAAAGAUGAAAACUUUCCUCUGCACUUCAAAGCUCGAGAAGAAAGAGUGUCUAUAAGCUUCUCCCCCGGUGCUCUUUGUGCUGGAACUGGCAAUAAGGAGGAAGAAGGGAUGGCCAUUGAUGGAAUUACUCAAAAAGAUAAUGGUGUUAUUGCAUCAAGUUUCGGCAGUGUGGUUCCUUCUGGUGUUAGUGAUUCUGCUAACGCCAAUAACGUUUGGUCGGAAGCUUCAAAACGAGGAACCUCUUAUUUAAGAAGUAGAAUGCCUUUGCUUCCUCUGCUAGACCUUCAUAAGGAGCAUGAUAUAGACAGCCUUCCCUCACCGACAAGGGAAUCAACACCGUGUUUACCCGUUGUGGUCAAAGUAGGUAUUCAUGUCGGUAAAGAAGGGCAAGCCUUUGGUGAUGCUAAAGUACACCCGUAUGAGAGUGAGGCCAUCAAAGCAGUUUCUAGCUAUCAGCACAAGUUUGGCCGUAACCCGUUAUUCCGGACCGAUGAUCUUCCAAGUCCGACACCAUCAGAAGACUCCAGUAAUGGCAAUGGCGAUAUCGGUGGAGAGGUUUCUAGCUCUUUUGUCACGAGUUCAAAGCCUGGAAGACCCGUGAUUUCUGGGAACAAUGUUCCUCUGCCAUCUAAUUCCAAUGCUAGAAACCUGCCCGGGACAAAAAUUACAUCUGAUCUGACUGUGAGACCUUCUGCAAAGAGCCGAGACCCGAGACUUCGGUUUGCAAGACCUGAUGGUGCUGCUGCUUUACCGACUAAUCAGAAUUCUUCGAACGAUGUUGGGAAUGUGUAUAAAGUGGAACCUUCUGGAAGUUUCAUCAGCUCAAGAAAAGUGAAAGCUGCUGAUGAGCCUCUCGUCGAUGGUCCUGCUUGGAAAAAGCAAAAGAACGGAUUGGAAAAUCAUGAAAAUGUUACGGAUGUGCCAUCCGACCCGAAAGCAAAAUCCAACGCCAUGACAAUGGAAAACAGAGCAACGAUUAUGACAAGAAAUUUCAUGCCCUGCAAUGGUGUUUCCAGCUCCUUACCAUCUCUUUUGAAGGAAAUUGCCGAUAAUCCUGCAGCGUUAUUGAAGCUCCUUAAGAUGGGAGAAAGGCAGAGAUUAAUCGAUAGUCCGCCCAAGAAGCCAACGGAUCCGAGAAGAGCAGCUCAACUUCCCGGUUCUUCGGUACAACCAGUUAGUGUACCCUUAGCUAAUCUGUCAAAGCCCGGAGGAGUGAAUCAAGAUUCAUCUCAAGCCAUCCCCUUAAAUGAAUCGGGGAAAAUACGCAUGAAACCACGAGAUCCUCGACGUAUUCUGCAUGGAGAUACUCUUCAAACGACCGGGAAUUUACUGGAAAAGCACCUCAAAGCAAGUGAAAACCCUACUUCUGGAACAAAGCCUGCAAUCACCCAGCUUGAUCAGCAGCAACAUUUCAGUGAUCUUGUCAAUGGCAAAGUGCCAGAUAUUUCAACCCAAUUCACCAAAAACCCGAAAAAUAUUUCCGACAUGGCUGCAGUCUCACAAGCUAGCAGUCCUCCAGCCACUCCCCAGAUUCCUCCUGCACAGUUUAAGACAGACAAAGAUACGAAUGUGAAACAGACAGACAAAGAUACGAAUGUGAAACAGACUUCAGUUUCAGCUUCGGUAAUGGCUGCAACCGGUCCUGUCCGUUCGGUGAACAGUUGGGGAGAUGUUGAACACCUUUUUGAAGGAUACGAUGACAAGCAAAAGGCUGCUAUCCAAAGAGAGAGGGCGAGGAGGUUAGAGGAACAAAAGAAAAUGUUCUCUUCUCGCAAGCUCUGUCUCGUCUUGGAUUUAGAUCACACCCUUCUUAAUUCCGCUAAGUUCAAUGAAGUUGACCCGAUCCAUGAUGAGAUACUGCGAAAGAAGGAAGAGCAAGAUCGAGGAAAACCAUAUCGACAUCUCUUUCGGUUCCCUCACAUGGGAAUGUGGACUAAAUUACGACCCGGGGUUUGGAAUUUCUUGGAGAAGGCAAGCAAGCUGUAUGAGUUGCACUUAUCGACAAUGGGUAACAAAUUAUAUGCUACCAAGAUGGCGAAAGUGCUCGAUCCAAAAGGGGUUCUGUUUAACGGUCGAGUUAUCUCGAGAGGCGACGAUGGAGAGCCUUUUGAUGGGGACGAGAGGGUUCCGAAGAGUAAGGAUCUCGAGGGAGUUUUGGGUAUGGAAUCGGCUGUAGUGAUCAUAGAUGACUCUGUCAAGGUUUGGCCUCACAACAAAAUGAAUCUAAUAGCUGUAGAAAGAUAUACAUAUUUUCCAUGUAGUAGACGGCAAUUUGGGCUUCCGGGUCCUUCUCUUCUCGAGAUCGAUCACGACGAGAGACCAGAGGAUGGCACAUUGGCAUCUUCGUUAGCGGUUAUAGAGAGAAUACAUCAAAAUUUCUUCUCUCACGCUUCGUUAGAUGAAGCAGACGUGAGAAAUAUUUUAGCUUCGGAGCAACGGAAGAUCUUGUCGGGUUGUCGGAUAGUAUUCAGUCGGGUAUUCCCGGUUGGAGAAGCGAGCCCGCAUCUGCAUCCCUUGUGGCAGACAGCCGAGCAGUUUGGCGCUGUCUGCACGACACAAAUAGAUGACAAUGUAACUCAUGUCGUGGCCAAUUCCCUUGGAACCGACAAGGUGAACUGGGCUCUAUCAAAAGGAAGAUUCGUUGUUCAUCCCGGGUGGGUCGAAGCAUCAGCUUUGCUUUACCGGAGGGCGAAUGAGCAUGACUUUGCCAUCAAACCGUAAAUAUACCGAGAGAGAAAAAAACGACGACGAUGACGAAAACGUAGCCGGGAUCAUAACGGUUUUCGCCCCGGCCACGGCCAUUGAACAUAGGAAAAUUCUUUAAACCCUAAGCAAUGGCAGAAACUAGUGAGAA